UUAAAGGAGUCUGAGCACCGGGCGAACCGCCUGGUUCCCGUGAUUGGCGGGCGCUUGGAGCCUCACGCUUGAGCUUCCUCGGGUGCUAAAGAGUUGACAACAACAUGACGGCAGAGGAAAAGAGAAACCUGGAGUUUUUCGGAAACCACAUAAAGAACAUAUUGGAUCCCACGUAUGUCUUGGACUACAUGACUGACUGGUUCUCACAAGAAAAUAUACAGACCAUCCAAGCUAUGAAAACAAAUAAGGGAGUGACAGCAGCUGCUACGCUUUUUCUGGAGUGCUUAUUAAAAUUUGAAGAGACUGGCUGGUUCCGGGGCUUCCUGGAUGCCCUUCACGGAGCAGGUUAUACUGGGCUUGCUGAAGCUAUUCAAAGUUGGAAUUUCCAAAAGAUCGAGAAGUUAGAGAAGCCCAAAUUGCUUUUGAAAUUUUUACAUAAAGAAUUUAAAGAUAACAUUCAUGCAGACAUCAUCCUUCCUAGAAUUUCUGAGUGCCUAAUAAAUCAGCAAUGUGAAGAGAUCAGACAGGUUCAAAACAACUUAGGGAAUAUUGCUGGUGCAGAUAAACUGGUUGAACAUCUUCUUCGAUCAGACAAAGAAAACUGGCCCAAAGUGCUGAAGUUGGCUUUAGAAGCUGAAGAAUAUGAAUUUAGUAAGCUGUGGACCCUGGAGGAAGAUACAAAUGGAACAAAAAAUGCUGAGAUGUAUGAUUCCCAGGGUGAAGAGAGUGGAGUGUCUACAAUGCAGAUAUGUUACAAAGAAGAAUUGGAACAGCAAAAUCUCAGUGAGAAUUCAUGUCCACUUUCUGAAAUUCCUGAGAAGUCACUGAAGCCAAAGAGUUACCAGCUGGAACUUGCCAGCCCAGCUUUAGAAGGAAAAAAUACAAUAAUAUGUGCUCCCACUGGAUGUGGGAAAACGUUUGCUGCACUUCUCAUAUGUGAAAAUCAUCUGACAAAUAACCCAGCAAGACAGAAAAGGAAGAUUGUUUUCUUGGCUCCUCAAGUUCCAUUGUACGAACAACAGACAUCUGUGUUCAAAAAUCACUUUGAAAGGCUUGGGUACAAAGUCGCAGGUAUUUGUGGAGAAAUAGCUGAGGACGCUCCUGUGGAAUGUGUUGUUGACAACAAUGAUAUCAUUGUGCUGACCCCACAGAUCCUUGUGAACAGCAUCAAUAGUGGGACCAUUCGAUCGCUCUCUGUUUUCACCCUGAUGAUCUUUGAUGAAUGCCACAAUACCAGCAAAAAACAUCCUUACAAUGUGCUCAUGAUCAAUUACUUGGAUCAGAAACUUGGAAGAUCAGCAAACCCACUGCCUCAGGUCAUUGGAUUGACUGCUUCCAUAGGAGUUGGUGAUGCCAAAGAUAAGUCUGGUGCGAUAGAACAUAUUUGUCAGCUCUGUGCCUGUCUUGAUGCAUCGGUCAUAUCAACAGUCAAAAAGAAUGUGAGUGAUUUGGAGCAAGUUGUUUACAAACCAGAGAAAUUGUUCAGGAAAGUUGAAUCACAGCCUGUCAACAGAUUUAAAUUUGUGAUUUCUAAGCUGAUGGAAGAGGCAGAGAAUCUGAUAGAAAAGACUUUUAAAGAAUGUGGUCUAACCCCAGAAUAUCAACUAGAGAAUUUAUCUAAAAUUCAGAAUAGAGUCUUUGGAACCCAGAAAUAUGAACAAUGGAUCAUUGAUGUUCACAAAAAGUGCAUGCUAUUGCAAAUGGAGGACAAAAAUAAAGAAAGAAGGAUUUGUAAAGAGCUUUUUCUAUAUACUUCGAAUUUACGGAAAUAUAAUGAUGCCAUCAUCAUCAGUGAAGAUGCUCGAAUCCAAGAUGCUGUGAGAUACUUGAAAGAAUUCUUCAGAGAAGCAGAGUCAUUUGAUGAGACUGAGCAGUACCUCAUUCAUCGGUUUAAAGAAAAGAUUCAGGAACUAGAAGAUAUUUCAACAGAUCCAAGCAAUGAGAAUCUCAAGUUGAAUGAGCUCACUUUCAUCUUGGAAGAACAAUAUCACGAAAACCCAGAGACCCAGACCAUUUUCUUUGUGAAGACAAGAGCUCUGGCAGAUGCUUUGAAGAAAUGGAUGGAAGAAAAUCCCAAACUAAGCUAUCUAAAACCUGUUGUGUUGACUGGACGUGGCAAAAGAAAUCAGAAUACAGGUAUGACUCUCCCAUCACAGAAGGGUGUACUGGAUACAUUCAGAACCAGUGGAGAGAACAAGAUUCUGAUUGCCACUUCAGUUGCUGAUGAAGGCAUUGACAUUGCACAAUGCAAUCUGGUCAUUUUGUAUGAAUAUGUUGGCAACGUCAUCAAGAUGAUUCAAACCAGAGGUCGUGGAAGAGCAAGAGGGAGCAAAUGCUUCCUUCUGUCUAGUAAGGAAGAAGUAAUUGAAAAAGAACAGAUCAAUAUAUAUAAAGAAAAAAUGAUGAAUGAUGCCAUAGAAGAAAUACAGACAUGGAAUGAGGAAGUACUUAUAAGAAAGAUCCAUGAUUUGCAACUUCAAGAAAAAGCUAUCAGAGAUAAUAUAAUAGUAGCUAAACCACAGCUGGAGGAGAACAACAAAAGACUACUUUGUAGGAAAUGCAAAGUCUUUGCAUGCCAUACAGCUGACAUUAGAAUGGUAGAGGACACUCAUCACGUUGUGAUAGGGGAUGCAUUUAAGGAAUCAUUUGUGACUGAGCCACACCCUAAACCGAAGUGCUUUGGAGUCUUGGAGAAGACAGGAAAAAUAUUCUGUGCAGAACGUAGCUGCCAUCAUGAUUGGGGAAUAUUUGCAAGAUAUAAGACAUUUGUUGUUCCUAUCAUAAAAAUUGAUAGUUUUGUGGUGGAAGAUGUUGCAACUGGGCUUCAGACUCUGUACUCCCAGUGGAAGCAAUGUAACUUUAAGAUGAUCUCAUUUGAUGCUAGAGAAAUGUCAAAUUGAGGACAGGUUCUUUCCCUCCCUAGUUAAUGUAAAUGCUGUUGUUGAUUCCGCUCAGAGACUAGUUAAUCUAUGGAUGUUCUUGAAAAUGCCUAACAUGUUCUAAUUCUCAAUUUUUCAAAAGUUCUUUGUACACUUUUCUUUAAAAAGCUGCUUUAGUAAAUACAUAGUGAUUUCUCAGUAUACCAUAAUUUGAAAAGCCAUUCACCUCUCUAGCCCACCCCAGUGUCCCAUUUCUAGUUUGCCUUCUCAAAAAGAGCUUUCAGGUCCUGAGAAGUGCAAACAAUGAAUCCAGCUAAAUGGUUCCAUUAUUCAGAUUUGUACUGCAUAUUUCCAUUGGAACCAAAUACCAUACUUCACACAAUUGUAACUUUGAAUAUCACAAAUUCAGAUACAUGCAACCACUUCAAGAGAUUUCCUUAUUUUCAUUAAUUGGGACCUCGCGGUAAAUUUUUUCAUACCUAUGGAUCCUUUUUCUCUUUGAUCUCUUUGGGAUAUACAGGCCUAGUAAUUAUAUCAGUGAGUUCUCAAAAGGCAUAAUAUAAUACAUUUAAGUAACUUUUUGAACAUAGUUUGAAAUUUCUUUUACAUGAUGACUGGACCAAUAGACUUUUAAUAAACAUAGAGUAGAGGGAGAUUGA